AUGUUAAUGAUUGAAGAAAUUAAACAAGAAUUAGAAAAGGCAAGAGGGUAUUAUGAGGAAGAGAUGAAGAGGUUGGAGGAGUGGGAGAAGGGAGAAGAUGAUGGGAAUAGGCUGAAGAAGUUGAGGAAUAAGUUGGAUAACAGAGAAGGGGAUGAGAAACAGUUGAACAGGUGGGAAGAGAUGCAUCCAAAAAAUAAAUUGGAAUUGAAAGUUACAGUGAAAGAAGAAUGA